UAUUGCUUUUCAAAGAAAGUGCCAUAAUUUAUUUUGCAAUUACAUCUAGUAUUUAGAAUUUAAAACUUAAACCCACAGAAAUCUAGACCUUUUGGAUAUUGCCUUUUGUAUAAAUCUGCAUUGGGUUUUGUGAAUGAUUCAUUUUGUUGAAAAAAAAAUUUUUUUUUAAGAAUUGAAAUGAACAAAAAUGUCAGUUGAUCAGCUACAUUCUUUUUGUGUGUUGUGCAGUUUUGCUGACGUCUUCUGUAAAUAUUUGCUGGGUAUGACAGCAGAAAAAGAUACAUUAUAUAAAUAUGUGUAAAUGUAUGUGUUUAGUUCUGUUUUAGUGACAGAAUAGGUUAGUUUUGUACAGAGCUUUUAUCUUGUUCUCAAUCUGUGGUCUUGUUUUGAUUUCUCAGGACUCUCCCCUUCGCCUGUGUUUCUGUUAAAUCAUGGGGAGGAAGCUGGACCUGUCUGGUUUGACCGACGAUGAGACGGAGCAUGUUCUCCAGGUGGUUCAGCGAGACUUCAAUCUUCGCAAAAAAGAGGAAGAGCGACUCAGUGAGAUGAAGCAGAAGCUGGAUGAGGAAGGCAGCAAGUGCAGCAUCCUCUCCAGACACCGGAAGUUCGUGGAACACUGCUGUAUGCGCUGCUGCUCGCCCUUCACCUUCCUCGUCAACACCAAGCGCCGCUGUGGGGACUGCAAGUUCAACGUCUGCAAGGGCUGCUGCUCCUACCAGAAGCCGGAGAAGGUCUGGGUCUGCUGUGUCUGCCAGCAAGCCAGGCUUCUAAAGACCCAGUCUCUGGAAUGGUUCUACAAUAAUGUGAAGAGCCGCUUCAAACGCUUUGGCAGUGCCAAGGUCCUGAAGAACCUGUACAGGAAACACAGGCUGGAGAGUGGCGCAUGCUUCGACGUUCUAGGAGGAAGCUUUUUGGAGGCAAACUUGGAAAACGAAAGCAUUUCAGGCAGUGAUUCAACAUUCUACAGGCAAUCAGAAGGACAUAGCAUGAUGGACACCUUGGCUGUUGCCUUACGAGUAGCUGAAGAGGCCAUUGAAGAAGCAAUCUGCAAAGCAGAAGCCUACGGGGACAGCCUGGAUAAGCAGAACGAGGCCAGUUACCUGCGGGACCACAAAGAAGAGCUGACAGAGGAGCUGGCCACAACUAUUCUGCAAAAGAUCAUAAGGAAACAGAAGAGCAAAAGUGAGCAGCAAGCGGAAGAAGAGCCGGCGUGGCCACGGCCCCGGAGCUGCAGUAUGAAGGCAGCUGAUGAGGGGACCACAGCUUUCCCAGGAGGCCAGCGAGCGUCCACCACCCUCUGGCGGUCCCAGUCUGCCUGCCUGCUCACCGGAGAAGAUGCCCUGAAGACCCCUUUCCAGGAGGGGGCCUGGCGGCAGCUGUGGAAACAGAGCCAGCACCCGAGGGAGGAGCCCGCCUUGUCCAGCUGGAAGAGCAUGGACAGGCUGGACGAAACAAACCUGGCCCCAGUUUUGCAGAGCCCUGACGGGAACUGGAUGACCCUGAAGGAUGGCACUCCACCUCCCACCCGCCUGUUAUCUAAACCUAAGAGUGGAACAUUCGAGGCCCUGGAGGCCACAUCUAGCGUGGUGUCUGCCUACGAAGAGAUGGGCUCUGACAGUGAGGAGGACUUUGAUUGGAGCGAGGCCUUGCGUAAGCUGUGCCCAGGACCCCAGGGCCUGCUCCGAAACCCCCAACCUCAGCUCACACAGGCCGGAGGCCCUGACCAAGGCCCUUCAGCUGCCUCCCUCUCCUCCGUGCUCUCCCCCAACCCUGAGGGUAUGUGCUCAGACUCCGAGACCUCCUCAGCGGGCUCUUCCCGGGAAGCUGGGCACCAGGCCAGAUUGUCCUGGCUGCAGAGGAAGCCCCCUAGGAACCCCACAGCAGAGAAGAUGCGCCUUCAGGGAGAGCUGGACGUGAACUUCAACCCCCAGGCAGCCAGUGGGGAGACCUCAGACAGCAGCGAGCCUGAGGAGGCCCCACAUACCACAGAUCGGCGGGCCCGGAGGUGGAGAAGAGCCCGGGUGGGCUCAGAAGAGCCAAGCAAGGAACCGUCUUCCCCCAACGCCCAUCCCCAGGAUCUGGACUCGCAUCAGGUGUUGGGUGAUUCAUCCGAAACUGACAUCAGCAGUGAGGCUCAGCACCCCAGGACCAGCACAAACACCACGGAAGAGAAACUGAGAAACAGGUUGUAUGAGUUAGCAAUGAAAAUGAGUGAAAAAGAGACUUCUUCAGGGGAGGAUCAGGAGUCCGAGCCCAAGACAGAAUCUGAGAACCAGAAGGAAAGUCUGUCCUCUGAAGACAACAGCCAGAGUGUCCAGGAUGAGCUGAAGAAGAAGUAUUCUGCCGUUUCUCUCUGCAACAUCUCCACAGAAGUCCUGAAAGUCAUCAACGCCACAGAGGAGUUGAUAGCAGAGUCUACAGGGCCCCAGGAGUUCCCACCAGUCCCUCCUGACAGGGUGAAGGGGACGUUUCCUCUUGGGACAGACCAAGUGAGACUGGAUGAGCAGCUGACUUCCCUGGAAGAAAAUGUAUACCUGGCGGCAGGUACCGUGUAUGGACUAGAGGGUCAGCUGAAUGAGCUGGAGGAUGCUGUCCGCUCCAUCCACAGCGGCACUGAUGAGACUGAACUGGCAGAGCUGGAGGACCAGGUAGCCACAGCUGCAGCCCAAGUUCACCACGCUGAGGUUCAGAUUUCUGAUAUCGAGAGCCGGAUUUCAGCCCUGACCAUUGCAGGAUUAAACAUAGCACCAUGUGUGCACCUCAUAAGAAAACGGGAUCAGAAGCAAAGGAACCAGGUACAAACCAUAGACACAUCAAGGCAGCAGAGGAGGAAACUGCCUGCUCCACCAGUGAAAGCUGAAAAAAAUGAGGCAUCUUCAAUGACCACCAUUAAAACAUUUAACCACAACUUCAUUCUCCAAAGCUCCUCAACAAACAGGACUAAAGAAAGGAAAAGCACCUCCAAGGAUUUGAUGGAGCCUACUCUGGAGUCUGCUGCGAUGUAUUAAUGCCAUGGAACUCCACUGCCAGUGACCCACUGCCUCCAGCCGUACACGACAGUGCCUUGACCCAACAGCCAUGGAAUACUGUAUGGAUUUCCACCUGAGGAGAGGGCCUGGGGAAGCCACAGUGCACCUUUGCACAGGGCUGUCCUGAUACCUCACCCGGAAGGCAGCCCAGACUUCAAAAUUUCAGUGUUGCCCGCUCUCUGCCUUAGGGCUCCCAGGGGAAUCCAAGACAGAAAACCAAGACGCUG